UGUGGGUAGCGGCUGCGCGCGGCCGGAGACGGCGCCGCGCGGGUGUGCGUGAGGGGAGCGGGCUGGUGGGACUCGGCGGCCGGCGGCGGUCAUGGGGCACGGCGGGCGGCGGCCGUAGGUGUACGAGCCUGGGCUUCAGCCUCCCGGAGCCGCAGAGGGCGGGGCGGUGCGGGCCCGGCGGUGGCGGCGCCGCUUCCCAGCUCCCGCCCUCGGAGUCCGGAGGGAGCUCGCGGCGGACUGGUGGACCGGGCGGCGCGAAUCUGACUGAGGGGCGGGGACGCCGUCUGUUCCUCGCCGCUCCCGGCCGGGCCGGCCGGCCCCUUGGACAGCCCCAGGCCCCGGACCGGCGUUGAGACCCGCAGCGGGGCUAGAGGCGGGCGGUGGGCCCGGGCGGAGCCCCGCCCGGAGCCGGCGGUUCGAGGGCGGCGCUAGGCCCCGAGGCGGCCGGGCCGGAGCGCGGGGAGCCCGAGUGCGGGCCGGGCGGCAGCGGCAUGAGCCGGCCCCCGCCGACGGGGAAAAUGCCCGGCGCGCCCGAGGCCGUGCCUGGGGACGGGGCGGGCUCGAGCCGCCAGAGGAAGCUGGAGGCGCUGAUCCGAGACCCCCGCUCGCCCAUCAACGUGGAGAGCUUGCUGGAUGGCUUAAAUUCCUUGGUUCUUGAUUUGGAUUUUCCUGCUUUGAGGAAAAAUAAGAAUAUAGAUAAUUUCUUAAAUAGAUAUGAGAAAAUAGUAAAAAAAAUCAGAGGUCUACAGAUGAAGGCAGAAGACUACGAUGUUGUAAAAGUUAUUGGAAGAGGUGCUUUUGGUGAAGUCCAACUGGUUCGACAUAAGGCAUCACAGAAAGUUUAUGCAAUGAAGCUUCUUAGUAAGUUUGAAAUGAUAAAAAGAUCAGAUUCUGCUUUUUUCUGGGAAGAAAGAGAUAUCAUGGCCUUUGCCAACAGUCCCUGGGUGGUUCAGCUAUUUUGUGCCUUUCAAGAUGAUAAGUAUCUGUACAUGGUAAUGGAGUAUAUGCCUGGUGGAGACCUUGUAAACCUUAUGAGUAACUAUGAUGUACCUGAAAAAUGGGCCAAAUUUUAUACUGCUGAAGUUGUUCUUGCUCUGGAUGCCAUACACUCCAUGGGUUUAAUUCACAGAGAUGUGAAGCCUGACAACAUGCUCUUGGAUAAGCAUGGACAUCUGAAAUUAGCAGAUUUUGGCACAUGUAUGAAGAUGGAUGAAACAGGCAUGGUACAUUGUGAUACAGCAGUUGGAACACCUGAUUAUAUAUCACCUGAGGUUCUGAAAUCACAAGGGGGUGAUGGUUACUAUGGGCGAGAAUGUGAUUGGUGGUCUGUGGGUGUUUUCCUUUUUGAGAUGCUAGUAGGGGAUACUCCAUUUUAUGCAGAUUCACUUGUAGGAACAUACAGCAAAAUUAUGGAUCACAAAAACUCACUAUGUUUCCCUGAAGAUGCAGAAAUUUCUAAACAUGCGAAGAAUCUCAUAUGUGCCUUCUUAACAGAUAGGGAGGUACGACUUGGGAGAAAUGGGGUAGAAGAAAUCAAACAACAUCCUUUCUUUAAGAAUGACCAGUGGAAUUGGGGUAACAUAAGAGAGACGGCGGCUCCUGUAGUACCUGAACUCAGCAGUGACAUAGACAGCAGCAAUUUUGAUGACAUUGAAGAUGAUAAAGGAGAUGUAGAAACCUUCCCAAUUCCUAAAGCUUUUGUGGGAAACCAGCUGCCUUUUAUAGGAUUUACCUACUAUAGAGAAAAUUUGUUAUUAGGUGACUCUCCAUCUUGUAGAGAUAAUGAUUCAAUGCAAUCAAGGAAAAAUGAAGAAAGUCAAGAGAUUCAGAAAAAACUAUACACAUUAGAAGAACACCUCAGCACUGAGAUACAAGCCAAGGAGGAACUAGAGCAAAAGUGCAGAUCUGUUAAUACUCGCCUAGAGAAAAUUGCAAAGGAACUAGAAGAAGAGAUUACCUUAAGGAAAAAUGUGGAAUCAGCAUUAAGACAAUUAGAAAGAGAAAAGGCACUUCUUCAGCACAAAAAUGCAGAAUACCAGCGGAAAGCUGAUCAUGAAGCAGACAAGAAACGGAAUUUGGAAAAUGAUGUUAACAGUUUGAAAGAUCAACUUGAAGAUUUGAAAAAAAGAAACCAGAACUCUCAAAUAUCCACUGAGAAAGUGAAUCAACUCCAGAGACAACUGGAUGAAACCAAUGCUCUGCUGCGAACAGAAUCUGAUACUGCAGCCCGGUUAAGAAAAACCCAGGCAGAAAGUUCAAAACAGAUUCAGCAGCUGGAAUCAAACAACAGAGAUCUGCAAGAUAAAAAUUGCUUGCUGGAGACUGCCAAGUUAAAACUUGAAAAGGAAUUUAUCAAUCUUCAGUCCAUUCUAGAAUCUGAAAGAAGGGACCGAACCCAUGGAUCAGAGAUAAUUAAUGAUUUACAAGGUAGAGUAUCUGGCCUAGAAGAAGAUUUAAAGAAUGGCAAAAUCUUACUAGCAAAAGUAGAGAUGGAGAAGAGACAGCUACAGGAGAGAUUUACUGAUUUGGAAAAGGAAAAAAACAACAUGGAAAUAGAUAUGACAUACCAACUAAAAGUUAUGCAGCAGAGCUUAGAACAAGAAGAAGCUGAACACAAGGCUACAAAAGCACGGCUGGCAGAUAAAAAUAAGAUUUAUGAAUCCAUUGAAGAAGCUAAAUCAGAAGCCAUGAAAGAAAUGGAGAAAAAGCUGUUGGAGGAAAGGACUUUAAAACAGAAAGUGGAAAACCUGUUGCUGGAAGCUGAGAAAAGAUGCUCUAUAUUUGAUUGUGAUCUCAAACAGUCCCAGCAGAAAAUAAAUGAACUCCUGAAGCAGAAGGAUGUGCUAAAUGAAGAUGUUAGAAACUUGACAUUAAAAAUAGAGCAAGAAACUCAGAAGCGCUGCCUUACACAAAAUGACCUGAAGAUGCAAACACAGCAAGUUAACACACUAAAAAUGUCAGAAAAACAGUUAAAGCAAGAGAACAAUCAUCUCAUGGAAAUGAAAAUGAGCUUGGAAAAACAGAAUGCUGAACUUCGAAAAGAACGUCAAGAUGCAGAUGGGCAAAUGAAAGAACUCCAAGAUCAACUUGAAGCAGAACAGUAUUUCUCAACCCUUUAUAAAACACAGGUGAGGGAACUUAAAGAAGAAUGUGAAGAAAAGACCAAACUUUGUAAAGAAUUACAGCAGAAGAAACAGGAAUUACAGGAUGAAAGGGACUCUUUGGCUGCUCAACUAGAGAUCACCUUGACCAAAGCAGAUUCGGAACAGCUGGCUCGUUCAAUUGCUGAAGAACAAUAUUCUGACUUGGAAAAAGAGAAAAUCAUGAAAGAGCUGGAGAUCAAAGAGAUGAUGGCAAGACAUAAACAGGAACUCACUGAAAAAGAUGCUACAAUUGCAUCUCUAGAAGAAACUAAUAGGACACUAACUAGUGAUGUUGCCAAUCUUGCAAAUGAGAAAGAAGAAUUAAAUAACAAAUUGAAAGAUGCCCAAGAGCAGCUAUCAAGGUUGAAAGAUGAGGAGAUAAGUGCAGCAGCUAUUAAAGCACAAUUUGAGAAGCAGCUGUUAACAGAGAGGACACUCAAAACUCAAGCUGUGAAUAAGUUGGCUGAGAUCAUGAAUCGAAAAGAACCUGUCAAGCGUGGUAAUGACACAGAUGUGCGGAGAAAAGAGAAAGAGAAUAGAAAGCUACAUAUGGAGCUUAAAUCUGAACGUGAAAAGUUGACCCAGCAGAUGAUCAAGUAUCAGAAAGAACUGAAUGAAAUGCAGGCUCAAAUAGCUGAAGAGAGCCAGAUUCGAAUUGAACUGCAGAUGACACUGGACAGUAAAGACAGUGACAUUGAGCAGCUGCGGUCACAGCUCCAAGCCUUGCAUAUUGGUCUAGAUAGUUCCAGUAUAGGCAGUGGACCAGGGGAUGCUGAGGCAGAUGAUGGGUUUCCAGAAUCAAGACUAGAGGGAUGGCUUUCAUUGCCUGUGCGAAACAAUACUAAGAAAUUUGGAUGGGUUAAAAAGUAUGUGGUUGUAAGCAGUAAGAAGAUUCUUUUCUAUGACAGUGAACAAGAUAAAGAACAAUCUAAUCCUUACAUGGUUUUAGAUAUAGACAAGCUAUUUCAUGUCCGACCAGUUACACAGACAGAUGUAUAUAGAGCAGAUGCUAAAGAAAUUCCGAGGAUAUUCCAGAUUCUGUAUGCCAAUGAAGGAGAAAGUAAGAAGGAACAGGAAUUUCCAGUGGAGCCAGUGGGGGAAAAGUCAAAUUAUAUUUGCCACAAGGGACAUGAAUUUAUUCCUACUCUCUAUCAUUUCCCAACCAACUGUGAGGCUUGUAUGAAGCCAUUGUGGCAUAUGUUUAAACCUCCUCCUGCUUUAGAGUGCCGUCGCUGCCAUAUUAAAUGUCAUAAAGAUCAUAUGGACAAAAAGGAGGAGAUUAUAGCACCUUGCAAAGUGUAUUAUGAUAUUUCAACGGCAAAGAAUCUGUUGUUAUUAGCAAAUUCUACAGAAGAGCAGCAAAAAUGGGUUAGUCGGUUGGUGAAAAAGAUACCUAAAAAGCCUCCAGCUCCAGACCCCUUUGCACGGUCAUCUCCUAGAACUUCAAUGAAGAUACAACAGAACCAGUCAAUUAGACGGCCAAGUCGACAGCUUGCCCCAAACAAGCCAAGAUUGCUUGAUUUGACAUUUAAAGACUGGGAUUGGUCAUUUGAUGAUGUUGAUGGUGGUGAUGAUGAUGACGAUGUAUUUGAUUUCUGAAGAAAUAAAUGGGCUAACUGCCUUCUGUGAAUGCAGUCAUUAUUCAAGGUGAUCAUAUUCUCCCAGUUAAAACAAGACUGAAAUAUGAUGGCCCAAAAUUUAUUAAAAAGCUGUAUUUUUCUGAGAGACUGAUAAACUCACCCAUACAUACAUACAUAUAUAUACACACACACAUAUAUAUGUAUGUGUAUAUAUAUAUAUAUACAUGUAUAUAUAUGUUCCCUUUAUUCCUGCAAUAUAAAUUAUAAAUCUUCGAAGAGAUUUUUCUGGGCUCCUUUAGAGCAACAAGUUGAACCAACAGUGAUUGGUUAAUAGAGUAAGAAUAUCAUAUGCAGCUCCUCUAAACUUGUUCCAUAAAGCUCUCUUUGGCAGUCACUCACACUACAUUGCACAAAAGGAUUGAAAAGAAUUAAACUUCAAAAAAUCAUCUUUUCAGCUUCAACAGAGAGAUUUCACCAGCAUAUUUAGCAGACAAAUCUCGGAAUGGAUUCCACUACAGUGAUACAGACUACAUCUUUAAGAAAUGACCAUUAACAAAUACACACAUAGUACUGUAAUACUGCAAGAGGGUUUUUUUAAUUUCCCACUUUAUUUUUUUUAUACACAUUAAUCCGAUAUCAUUACUUACUGCAGUUGUAACUAUGCACUUGUAUAAAGCCAUAAUAUUGGAGUUUAUAUCACUCAUUUGUGUACCUGAGGGAAGCUGCAUGUUCCUGUUUAAGCAGUUACUGUAACAAAAAGUUUGAAGUUAAUUGUCAGUUUCCUAAUGCUUUAUGAUAGGCAACUUUAUCCAUUUUGAAUGCCUUAAUUUAAUUUUUUUCAAAGUCUCAAUCCUUUACUAUAUUUUUAAAAAAAGAACAAGUGUUUACCAGCUCUUAGAAUGCAAAUUUGCUUUGCAGAAGAAAAAUAGUGCACUAUUUUUACACAUAAUGGUUAUCAAUGUCAGCCUAUUUUGAUUGUAUAACAGCAUUUUUUUAAAGUAUUGGUGAUAGAAACAAUAAUGGAUAGUAUUGGAACUAAUAUAUCUUGUAUGUAUAUCUAUUAUUCAUCCAACCCUUUAUACAGACCUCAGUAUUAGUGUGUGACUAUGAAACAUUUUCUUUGUUUUGAAUUUGCUGGCUACUCUAGGUGUGUUUUUAUUUCUGAUAAAGACAUUUGUGAUUAUUUUUACAUUUUCAGACUCAAGGUUCAAAAAAUAUCUCAAGUAGAAGAAGACCUAAGACAUCCUGUAGAUAUAUUUUAAAUAUUUAAAUGUGAUCCCUUAAAUACACAACUGUGUAUAGCAAUAUUUCAGUAUUGGGUUAAGAAAAGGAAAACUGGUGACUGGGAAGGAGUAGCCUCAGAGGAACUUACACUGAUUUAUAUUUUUUAAAUGCUAUUAAAGUUACAGUUUAUGUAGGAUCAUUCCUGCUCUAUUUCUCAUUAUCCCAGAAAAGUGUAUGUUUUAUACUGCUACAAUAUGCAUCAAUGAUAAGCAUCAAGUAAAAAAAAAUUACAUAGUCUUUUAUCAAUCUCUCUUUGUACACACCCACAUGCAGAGUUUGGCAUGAUAUUGAAAUAUAUCAUCUAAUAUUUCAGUGAAGGAAGUAGACAUUUUUCACUGAUUCCAUUUAGAGUCAGUGUAGAGAUGUUUAGAGAGUUAGAUUACCAAUUGUAAAUACUAUUGUGGAAAUUGAAGAGGGGCUUUGGGCCUACUGGAGGACUGAAACUGAAUCUUGUUGCUCUUACACCACCCGUCCUGCACUCCUUCAUGCUGCCUGGGCUGAGACUAGAUUUGCAUGCCAUUUCCCUCGCAGGACAUGUUCUGCAGUUCUGGUUUGGGGCACAGCUUUUUUUUUUUUUUUAAGUAAGAUUAAAAAAUGAAAAAUAUAUAAAAUUUAUAUAGAAUAAAUAUUUCCAUUCAUUAGACUUAUUAAAAGGAGACUGAAUAUUUUAUAUAAAGAUUUUGUUACACUAUGGGAGGGUCUAUCAUAGUAUUCUGAAUUGGAGAGUAUAUAUAUAUAUAUAUAUUUUUAAUAAACUUUAUUAAGGUGAAAUAAUUUGAAGUUUACACAUGAGUAAUUGAAAUAUUUGAGUAAAAAUGGCAAGUUUAAAUUUUGAAUGCUGUAUAUAUUAGAGAAUAUGGAGAAUCAUGGUGUGAUGCAACUAUAUAAGGAAAAUUAAUGUGAAGUUUUGGGGGGGAAAAGAUAUUUUAAGGGGUGAAAAAUAUCUCUCCCAUGGAGAUUCUUCACAUUAUAUGGUUUGACAUAAGGGUGUAUAAGGUUGUUUGUCCAACUAAUGGAAAUGUGCUUAAUAAAAAAUUCUGACCUUGGGUAAGAAUUUGCUUUUCACCCAUUGCUGGUUUCAUGUACCUAACACGCGUGCAUGCCCUUCACCAAGUGUCCUGUUUGCAGCAGUCAUUAGUAAGAUACUGGCUUGGUUUCACAACCUACCUGAUUUUGUAUCAGCUCGUCUUUUUCUUGAGGCUCCAAAACUUCCAAGAUAAAUAUAAGACCGAAAGUUGCUUAUUUCCUCACACCUGAUUUCUCCUAGAGCCAUAAAUACCUCCUAUUGAGAACUAAGAAGUAAAUAAUGAAUAGCGAGAUUUUCUUAGUUGGGUUGUUUGCUUUUCAUUAGUGGGGUAGUGAGGCAAAAGUAGAAGGAAAACUGGUGCCGGUAUUACUGUUGAAAAUAAAAUAUAUGUAUGGUGAAUUUCUGAAAUGUAUUCAUUUUUUU